AUGGAAGAGCGCGAGAGCGAUGACGUCACGACCAACCAGCGAUUGAACGGAAAUACGCGGGCCGAUUUCCUCUAUUCUCAAGACAGUACCCUUAAAGAAGCAGCAGACAUCGCCAUAGAUUUAAAAGUACAUAUCAAAUACCAUAUUGCUAGCAUUAGAUUUAGCAAGCGUUUUUCCUUAGGAAACGGCAAUAAUACUCUGCCUAAUGGAUUCCCGCCCACGGCUCUUCGCACUGGGGUGUUGUCGAUGGUGUUAGCCGUUUUCCUGCUCUGCUCGGCGUCUCUCGCUCUUGAUCCCGACUUCGUUCGACAGAUUGAGAGCAGGACGGAGCUGGAAUGGCAGACCCUGUGGAGCGAGGAGAGGCUGGCGCUGUGCCGGGCCAAGCUGAGGCAGAACCUGGACGCCAUCUGUGGGAAGGACGUGUUCCGGAGGUCGUCUGCCGAGGGGCGUCGGCGCGAUAAGCGAGGUCAGGAUCGAGACGGAAGGCAACCCCUUCCGGCGGAGUCUGAUGAGGCCCCUCGUGUCAACCCAUCCACACCUGACACCGGCCAGACCCUCGACAAGCGAAGGUCGCCUUUCCUAAGCGUCCAGCAGGCCAAUCUUUUCGUGACAACGUGGGUUCACGACCAAGGGGGGCGGCGCAGGGGCAGAUCUCACUUCAGGCGCCGUCGCCAGUCGCCCUCCAUCACCACCGAGUGCUGCACCGUCGCCGGCUGCACCUGGGAGGAGUACGCGGAAUACUGCCCCUCGUCCAAUCGGGCGCGGCUCUUAUAA